AUGACCCGUUUGCAUCGAGUAGCAGCAGCUGGCAUUGCUUGCUUGGCAUUUGCGGGUAUUCAUGUCACCGCACAAAAUCUCAAAGACGGUCAAUGCGUGACCAACUUUGAUGCCAAUACCGACUAUUUCCCCGAAAAGCUCAACACUCGCGAGGAGGAUGAAGCCAAAUACUUUGCCAUUGAAUACCACAACAACUACAAGGUCAUUACUGAUCACCGUAACGAGAAGCAGUACUACUUGGUACAAUGUGGCACGACAGCACCAUCGGUUCCCCAGGGUACAGCCGUAUACAAUGUUCCCUUGACCAGUGUUGCUGCUCUCGAAACAACCGUUGUCCCUUAUCUUGAGGUCUUGGGUGUUGCCGAAUCCAUCCACCUUGUUGCCGAUGCUUCAAGCGUUACAUCAAGCUGCUUCCAAAAGUACCGACAAGAGUCAUCCAACGUGACCGAAAUGUCGACUACCAACGUUACCCUUGCCAACGAACAAGCCAAUGCUGUGCAAAUUCAAUUUGGUACCAGCUACUACACCACCGAUGAAACCGUAGCUACCGCCCAAUCGUAUGAACCUGAUAUCCUUGGUCGUGCUGCAUGGAUCGGUUACUAUGCAGCUUUCUUCAACCUUGAAUCCUUGGCCAACGAUAUUAUUGCCAACAUCACCACCAACUACAACAACUUGAAGGAAGCAUCGAGCCACUAUAGCGAUGAUGAAAAGCCAUUGGUUGCAUGGACCAUGUAUGAUGCUCCCAGCCAAUACAAUGGCAACAAGGCUAGCUGGAACGUGAGCACCGCUAGCUACAAGGCCCAAUUGACCGAGGAUGCUGGUGCACGCAUGCUCAACAGCAGCCAAUUGCAAUUUUUUGAUAAUGCCGAAUUCUUGAAAGCCAUCACCGAUGUGGAUGUGGUUAUUGAUGAGACGUACGUGGCUACUACCAUGGAUGAUUUGUUGAAGGCCUAUGGUAUCAAGGAUGAUGGAACCUACAAGUUUGUGACCAACAAGGCUGUUUACCGUGAGGAUGGUAUCAUGACUCCUUCUGGUGGUUAUGAUUGGUUCUCUGGUGCCGUUGUCUUUGGUGAUGCUCUUUUGGCAGAUGUUAUCAAUGCCGUCAACCCAUCAGCACCCACGUCCGAUUUCAAGCGCUAUUGGUUGCGUAACGUGGCCUUGAAUGAAUCCGUCUAUUAUACUGAUCCCAAGAACUGCACUUGGGAUGAAACUGCUCCUAGACCCAACCCUGCUAUUACUUAUACUGGUGAUGCAUUCACCAUGGAGGGUGCUGCUUCGAGCUCCUUUGUCGUCGGCGGCUGGUCCACCACGCUUGUUGCUCUCUUGACAACCGCAUACGCUUUCCUUGCUUAA